UUAACCACCAACCCCGUCAGCAAUGGCAGCUCCAGUUUGCGGUGCGGACCAUCUACCCGAAGUCAAAGUCACGAAUCGAUAGCGAAAGAUCGCAAAAACCCACAUUUCAUAUUGCGAUUCCCCAGCGUAUGCAACUGCUGAAUGUUCAAACCUCUCAUUGACCGAAGAUUCUGCGGAUUUGCAGAGCAUGGCGGCAAUGGAGGUGGAGAUCGGGGGCGAUGGGGUCGUACUGAAAGAGGAGCCGUCAAGCGUGAUCAAACACAGAGGCGGCAAGAAAAACGCGAGGAAAAAGAAAAGGAGCAAAAGCAAGGGGACGAUGACGACAAGCGGGAAAAAAGAAACGUUUUUUCACAUGCCGAAGCUUCGGUGCUUCAGCUCGAAACCCGAAACGGAUACGAAGGGGGGUUUCAAGGGGGGUUUCGAUAUGGAGGUGGAGGAUGAAACGGGUGGAAAAAGGAGCCCGACCCAUUUGAUUAUUUUGGUGAAUGGUCUCAUAGGCAGUGCUGAGAAUUGGAAAUAUGCAGCAAAGCAGUUUCUGAAGAGAUACCCAGAAGAUGUUAUUGCUCACUGUAGUGAAUGCAAUCACUCAAUGUUGACCUUUGAUGGUGUUGAUGUAAUGGGAGAGAGAUUAGCAGAAGAGGUUAUUUCUGUGAUAAAACGUCACCCUAGUGUUCAGAAGAUCUCGUUUGUUGGUCAUUCGUUAGGCGGGCUUAUUGCAAGGUAUGCCAUUGGAAGGCUUUAUGAACGAGACAUCACUGAAGAACUGUCUCAAGAAAAUGGAGAAUAUAGGAGAAAUGGAGUUGAGAAUCCGUUGCUGGAACACAAAGUCAAAGGCAAAAUUGCUGGACUGGAGCCUGUGAAUUUUAUAACGUCUGCCACUCCGCACCUUGGUUCCAGAGGGCAUAAUCAGGUUCCACUGUUUUGUGGCGUAAAACCCCUUGAAAAAGUAGCAGCUCGUGCUUCAUGGUGUCUAGGUAGAAGUGGAAAACAUCUGUUUUUAACUGAUAAGAAGGAUGGAAAACCUCCCCUUCUUCUUCAGAUGGUCAAUGAUUCUGAAGAUCUUAAAUUCAUAUCUGCACUGCAGUCUUUCAAGCGCUGUGUUACCUAUGCAAAUGUUCGUUUUGACUCCCUUGUCGGAUGGAGUACAUCAUCUCUACGGCGUAAGAACGAGCUGCCAAAGCUUAAACAUUUAUCUAGAGAAGAAAACUAUCCACAUAUUAUAAAUGUGGAGACAAUUCAAAGUUCAAGUUCCCGAGAAGAAUUACCGUUGGAAGCCAUACCCAGUGGGCGCAAGAAAAUUGACUUCGAAGAGGAAAUGAUCAGAAACUUGACCAAAAUAAGCUGGGAACGGGUGGAUGUGAACUUCAGAGGAAGUAAACAAAGAUACCUUGCGCAUGGUACCAUUCAGGUGCAAAACGAUUGUCUAUACUCUGAUGGGGCUGAUGUGAUCCAACACAUGGUCGACAAUUUUCUUGUGUGAAAUGUGCCAAUUUGUUAUCAACUCAAACUCAAAGCCAGCAGAAUUGCAUGCCCUAUGGCAACAUUGGCUUCGGAAGAGAGAAGCGAAGGAUCAAGAUUCUGGGCCGUGCUUUGAGCGUGUGUUGUGAAGAUUUCAAGCCAUAGGUAUCUUAUCUCAGACUUGGAAUUGAAGCCUCGGGAUCUGAAAUGGACAUCAACGGAGUAUGCAUAAAGGCGGCCGGAAAGGGAGAGAGGCAAUGUGAACUUCCUGAGGCAGGUAGUAAGAUCGAUGUGGAUGUGACAUUACGAGCUAUCUUCUUGUAUUAACAUCAUUCAUAGAACUCAAGUGCUUCUAAUUUUUCAGAAAUGAGAACAAAUUAAGUGCUAUGAUGUCAUUGGUUAGUGUUUAGUUGAUGAGAAAUGAGUACGAAGCUGUUCAUACGUACGUACACACUUAAGUAUGUUGUAAUUGAGAGAGAGAUGAGAUUUAGUUGGUCAUUUUUUACAUCAGUAAAAGUAGCCAGAAUCAGUUUUUUGUUCUUCCUGCUA